UGUUUAGCAGAGCAGCUAGCACUUGCAGUUCGGCCGCAGCGGGGCGCUGCCGCACGCUCUGUUUUAACCGCUCUCAUGUCACACCUCUGUGUGCUUCUGGACUGGAUAGAAGAAGAUGGCGGCCUCCUCAGGAGUUAAAGUUCCACGCAAUUUUCGCUUGUUGGAGGAGCUUGAGGAAGGCCAAAAGGGCGAAGGCGAUGGCACAGUCAGCUGGGGCCUGGAAGAUGACGAAGACAUGACUCUCACACGGUGGACAGGCAUGAUCAUUGGACCAGCCAGAACCAAUUACGAGAACAGGAUAUACAGUCUGAAAGUGGAAUGUGGACCUAGAUACCCAGAGACAGCACCGACUGUUAGAUUUGUAACAAAAAUUAGCAUGAAUGGGAUAAAUAAUUCCAAUGGGACGGUGGAUUCACGUAGCAUACAAGUAUUAGCAAAAUGGCAGAAUUCUUAUAGCAUUAAAAUUGUUCUUCAAGAGUUAAGGCGUCUAAUGAUGUCCAAAGAGAAUAUGAAGCUUCCACAACCACCAGAAGGACAAACCUACAGCACUUAAUCGUCAUGGAUUGUUUCGACCCUCUGUCUUAAACCUUUACUCUCUUAGAAAUAAUGUGUAAAGUCAUCAAGAGGCUCACUUCGCACAGCAUCAUCUACAAGAGCAAGAUUGGACUUUCUUCUUACAUAGCUCAUUGAAAAGAGAAAUCUCCCUGCAGUUAAGCACUGAAUAGAUAGUAAUGACUUCAAGAUCACAGUUAUUUGCCUUUUAUUAGUUUUAAAUGACAUUUAUGUUUGACCUGUUCCAGCUUGAGUAGGCUUGAAGAGGGAAGCAUGAUGCCACACAGGUUGUACCAAUUCCCAAUUGUAUUUUCAAAUGAAAGCAACACAGUCACUGAAGUAAAUGACAAGCUGGGAGUCUGGAGGCAUGUUCUGUGACUAAUACCUAGUCAAAGAGAAGCAAAGUUAACUAAAAAGUCCACAGGUUUAUUGAAAUAUCCAAAUAUGUGAACCUGUUGCUGUAGUUUUAAAAGUAGUGUCACACGGUUAGAGGGUUAUUUUUUUUAUGAAGAUAAAUAUAUAUAAUCUGUCUUUGACACAAGUAUGUUUUUGUUCUGCGGCUCUUUGACAUGUAACAGACGUUCAGUCCAGUUUUGUUCUGAAUCCUUGCAUUUAACUUCUAGUGAAAAUGGCAGGUGUCUGAACUUGUGAUUUUUCUGAAAUUAAAAUCACUGCGAUGAAA